AUGAAGGUAUUUGGUGUAAUAACAGUCUACAUAUUUUUCACCUGGAACGUGCCUGAGGUAGCAGGUUCUGAUGACCAUGAUUUUGUUUCAGAACAGAAAACUCCAGGAAACGUGAUUUACUACGAUGAAUAUGACUUAUACCCACACCAAUACCUGAAUCCCUUGUGUAGAGAUAGCCUACACGUGCCUAAUCAAGCUCUAGUUCCACUUGAUGACGGAGGAUACUAUGUGCAAAACAGCCUUUUAGAGUCAGAUGACAAGAACCUCAAACAGGAGAGAGAAGUAAAGAGCAUAAAGGACACCCUCCCAGAGAUCAAAGUGAUUAAAAUCGAGGACAGUUAUGUUAUCCACUACAGUGCUCCGAUAAAAGGGAGUGAGAUAGUGAGAAUACACUUUGACUGUGUUUUUACAAGUAAGGAUAUGGAAUCUGUGGUUGUGUCCAAGAUCCAGGUGAAUGUGAUGCCUAAACUGGAAUAUAUUAUUGGUAAAACGGAGCACCUCGUCCUUGAUGCUUUGAAGGUACCAAAUGAUAAGCAUCUGUCUUACGCUAGAUUUGCUAGACCAGGAAUUGAGACGAUCACAGAGUGUAAGAACUCUGAUCUCAUUGUUAAUAGUGGACAAGUUUCGAUAAAGGAACUACAAGUUCGCACUCACAUGAAUGGUCUCACUAAAGUGGAAUAUCCGGAUAUCACUGACCAUGUAUCAAAGCACCAAGUCACGAAUAAAAUACACAAGAUCGAUUUGAAAAAUGGAAAUGUAGUAAAUGAGAGUCUAGAUGUAAAAAUACACUGUAAAGACAAUCCCAAGUAUAAAUUGAGAUACAGUGCACUUGUUUUAUCAGUCAUUUCUGGACUCGGCAUGAAUCAGAGAUAUAGCGAAAAGAUCGAUCGCCUUGGAGAAUCCGUAGAUCUAGUUAAAAUUGAUACACAAAUUGAGCCAGCAGUGCUGGUAGAUGUACCAACAAACAAGAAUAUCAUAUACCCAAAGGACUGUCUCAAUAAAGUUUACCUGGGAAACCAAGUUGUGAAGAUUAGCGAUAUUGUGGGUGAUCCAAAACUGUUAAGGAUUACUGACUCGUUGAAAAUUUUGAACCUGUCAACUUCAUCGUCGUAUAGAAAAGUUACAGUCUCGUGCUAUACCAAGGUUACUCGGGGGAAAAGCCAUAAAACCACCUGGAUGGAUAUUGUAAUACAUCCCCUAUGCAACUUUUAUGACCACGAGUCUCUGGACUCCGACAAGAAGACGUGUACUCUCUUUUCUUCGGGCACUGUACAGUCGUUCGUGGCUACACCACUUGAGUAUCAGCAGUUUGCGGAUAAGAUGAAACUUUACGAAAAAUUCUUUGAGAGAUCCAAUGACCCUGAGGGGACGUGCAAAGACUGCUACUACAAGCCCAUUAAGACUGGUGGUAAGGAUAUGUCAGUCUAUACAAAUAUACCUGGGACAAAACAAAGACUUGAGAUCAAAAACGGUGUUAUAAGAUUCAAUCCAGUUUACAUGUUGAAGAAGGUAGAUGCCGGAAAGAGUGAAGGAAUACUAAACCCAUCUCAGAUGAUAAGGAUGUACCUUCACAACGAAGAAACUGAGAUUGGCAAUGAUGGCAAGGUCAUUGUAAAAGACAAGGUAGAUGAGAGUGGAAAGUCUAUAUUUUACAUGGUACAGGCCGAUGGCAGAAGUAGUAUCAAGAUUUCGUGCAAGGAUUUUUUUAAAGACUCGGGAUCAUCCCAGCCGACCCUGUUCCCAAAUGGGAAGAAUAUCGUCUACAAGAAUGUUAGUGAUGGGUUUAUGGAUCCCAGGACCAUUGAGACUGUGCAAUUCGGAGAGGAGUUUGCAGCUAGAGGAAUCAGUCUACUCAAGAAACCAGAGACCGAUGUGGACCUAGAGAUCAUAUUGGAUCAAGAUAAAAUGAUACAGAGUGACCAUGUUAAACCACUCUACUUUAUCUGUAGCCAUGAUGUAAAAGGCGAGGAAUGGGAGAAAAGCAGAGAACCAUAUGCUGUCAUAGCUGUAGACCCGGGAUACAGGUCUCAGAGGCUGCGUGGCUGUGGUACAAAGGAAGGUAUUUUUGUAGAUGAAGAUGGUAAUGAUUCUGGAAGAGAAUGCGGUUAUGCUAUUGACGAUGUCACCAGUGUAGGAUUCCACUGUCCAAGCUACGUCCCAGAGCACUUUUUGGAGGGGGACCAGGGAAUGUAUAAAGCAGAGGGUGAUAAGGCAGCCGAUAACCCAUACCAACUCUUGAUUAGAUGCUAUGAUAGGUCCACGGCGACCCAGAGGACCUUCAAACCAAAGACAGAUCUGGAACUCUUUCCAAAGCCAAAGUUUGCUGGAGAGUUGAGAUCCUUAUGGGUCUUUAACAAGGAGACCUUUGCAGGAAAGGACGUCAAAGAGGUACUCUGUAUUUGUUACGACAAAACUGGAAAGGCCCUAUCCUCCAUCAGGGUCAUGAAUAACGCCGAGAAGGUGGAGCCAGAACCAGAACAGGCAAAUUCCUGA